GGGUUGUCACUGCUCGCUCAUUCCAAGCUCUGGAAGUUGAGAAAGAGGAGAAGAGGAAAAUAAGUUGCUGCUUUAAGAAGCAGAGCAGAGAGAGAGAUAGGGAGAGGGUUUGGAUCAGUGAGCUGCUCAACGCUGCCGUUUUUUUUCUUCUUCUUCCUCCCUUCUCUCCCUUCACGGCUCCUAAUUUGGGAUUUGUUUAAAGCGGGACUGGACGCCUCAGGAAGACUUUUCCUUGCUGGGGAAAAGGGAAUCCUACUUCCUCUCCACACACAUACACACUUACUCCCCAAAAUGUCUGAUUCCUCUGUCAACGCUCACUUGGAAGGGAUCAUUUCAGACUUUGAAGCGCUGAAACGGUCGUUCGAGGUGGAGGAAGCAGACACAUCCACCCUCCCGUCGCCUCUGUCUCGCCGGACCACCAACCCCCUCCGCUCAUCCACCUCCUCCACGUCCAGCCAGCGGAGCUACGACCUGAGCUCCCGCAACUCCGACUACUCCUCGUCCUCCAGGUCCUCCCCCUCCGAGUCCUCCAAUCCUCGCUCCCCGAAGACAGGCAUGAGGCGCAUGGAGCUGGCGGGGGGCCGCACCCCGGACACGGCUUCCUCCCGCCGCUCAGAAAUCUCCAUCGAGGUCUCGUCCAAGCAGAUCGACAGCUCGCCCAGCGCCGGCAUCACCCGCUUCGGCCUCAAGCGGCCAGAGGUCAGCCUGAGCAACCGCAUGCACCUGGACGGCUCCUCCAACUCCAUCCCCAGCGCCACCAGCAGGCGGGCCGAGCUCGGCGGGACCCGCCCCCAUGAGCCACCUGCCCCUCCCAAGAGGAUGGAUGCCCAGCUGUCCUCGGCCCCCGUCUCCAGGAUCCCCGAGCCCCCCCAGAGGAGAGCGGAGCCACCGUCCCCCAGCCUCAGCCCGGUGGAGGGCUCCAGGAGGCCAGAGAUGCCCGUCUUCAGACAGCCGGAUGCUGCAGUGGAGAACAACCACCACGUGCCACCUGCCCCGGUCGCCCCCCUGCCCUCCCUGGCCGAGCCCCCGGUGGAGAGAGUGCAGCCGCCAGCGGAGCCCAGCGCAGCCCGGCCAGCAGACCGACCUGAGGUAUUUCCCGGCUACAGCAGCAGUGCCAUGUCUGAGGCGGUGGUGCCGGAUGCUCUGGUGUCCCCAGCAGUGGGCAGCAUGUACGGGGAGAAGGCCGGCGGUCCCACGGUGGACUUCAGCUACGUGGGCAUCGACGCCAUCCUGGAGCAGAUGAGGAGGAAGGCCAUGAAGCAGGGUUUUGAGCUCAACAUUAUGGUUGUGGGACAGAGCGGCCUGGGAAAGUCCACUCUGAUGAACACGCUGUUCAAGUCUAAAGUCAGCCGUAAGUCUGUGCUGGCUACGGCCCAGGAGAAGAUCCCCAAGACCAUCGAAAUCAAGUCCAUCAGUCAUGACAUCGAGGAGAAGGGAGUGAGAAUGAAGCUGACAGUCAUCGACACGCCAGGCUUUGGAGACCAGAUCAACAAUGAGAACUGCUGGCAGCCAAUCAUGAAGUUCAUAAACGACCAAUACGAGGCGUACCUCCAGGAGGAGAUCAACAUCAACAGAAAGAAAAGGAUCCCAGACUCCAGAGUCCACUGCUGCAUAUAUUUCAUCCCUCCGACCGGACACUGUCUGCGGCCUCUCGACGUGGAGUUCAUGAGGCGCCUCAGUAAAGUGGUCAACAUCGUCCCGGUCAUCGCCAAGGCCGACACACUCACGCUGGAGGAGAGAGACUUCUUCAAAAAGAAGAUCAGGGAAGAGCUGCGAGCCAACGGCAUCGACGUUUACCCGCAGAAGGAAUUUGACGAAGACGCAGAGGACAGAAUGAUCAAUGAGAAGAUCCGGGAGAUGAUCCCGUUCGCUGUGGUCGGCAGUGAUCAGGAGUAUCAGGUCAACGGCAGGAGGCUGCUGGGGAGGAAGACCAAGUGGGGAACCAUCGAAGUUGAGAACAUAGCCCACUGUGAGUUUGCCUAUUUACGGGACCUCCUCAUCAGGACCCAUAUGCAGAACAUUAAGGACAUCACCAGCAGCAUCCACUAUGAAAUGUACCGCGUUAGGCGCCUCAACGAGAACAACACGGCCGUGGCUCAUGCCAACGGGAUCCCAGAGCAUCAUCUCGCCGCCCACGAGAUGUAGACAGCUGAUUUAUUUUGCUCUGAGACUCUGAUCGACGGUCUUCCUUCCACUCCAGCUCCCAUCUCCCAGCCGGGAGAGAAACUCAAAGGCCUGCCGGAGGAACUUUAUUUUCAGUGACUUUCGGCAGCUGAAUGGACUGUUGGCAUCAGUUUAGUGCCUCUUUAACGAAGACAAGUUAAAUUCUUCGCAAUGUGCUGCAGCUUGAUUCCACCUGCUUCCAGAUCUUCCAGUUAGCAUCCGUGGUGCCAAAAUGAUAGUUUCUACCAAACAAGAUGUCAGAAGCGCUUUAAUCAAUAACAUAUUAAUCUCGUCCACUUUUCUUUUUAAGUUUGGUGUUUUUUUUUAGCAGUGCUUAAAGGAAUUUGUGCCACAACAGAGCACAGUUUUUCUGCACCAACAUGUGUGAUGAUGUUCAUUAUUGCACUCGAUCACUGCAGUCUGUCUGGAGGAGAGCUGGGCGGCACCGACACAGAAACCAGCCGGUGCCAUUCAGCUCUCUCCGUAGUUAAACAGAAGAAAGGUUAUCGAUAGCACAUCAUACGUUUGACUUUCUGUUUUGUCACAACCUGUGUUUUGCUUUAGCUGUUGUGUCCAUGUCCUGUUAAAUACGGAUGUCAAGACAUCUUUUUAGAUUCCCACUUAUAGAUGUCAUCGUUUAUUCAUAGAAAUAUCUUAAGAGUGGUUUAAGAUGGAAAAAAAAAAGUAUUUAUGCACGAUAUAAAAAUGUGAACGUUUGUCAUUGUGGUCCAUUUAUUCAGAAACACAGUCACACGUACGUUUCCAGCUCUUAGGCCCGUCAGUGCCUUAAUUUAUUGGAGAAUAUUUUGCAAGCAGUUGGCUGAAACUGGAAAGAGAGCAGUUUAAUUUGAGCCAGGUCGACCACAUUUAGGUAUCUUUCAGUCCCCUUUCUUCAUUUGUUUUUGGAAAAAGGAAAAAAAAAAAGAAAAAAAAAAGCUCCUUUUUUCUUCUUCCAUGAUGUACGAGGAUCUGUCUCUUUGACCCAUAUAUAGAACUCCCUACGCUGUCCCUGUCCUGUAUAUUCGUCUGUGUUCUCAAACAUUUUUGUACUUGUAUUAUGGAUAACAAAUUUUCCUUUAUCUUAUUUUAAAGAAAUAAAGAUUGACGUUUUAAAUAUUUA